AUGGAGCCAAGCCAGAUACCAGAAAGCACUAUUGCCAGUAUCGCUCAACAACAUUUGGUACAUGAGACUGACGCCCAAGGCUCAGACGAGGAGGCUGCGAUAAACACUUCUCCUACUUCCAAUACAGACAUAUCUAUACCCUACCAUUUACCAGGUGCUGCCAUUACUCACGACAUUUAUAAUCAUGUCAAUACACUUGUUCAACAGAAUCAGCAAUUACAAAGGUCACAGUCUACAAACGAACUACGGUCAAAGUGCCGGCCCAAUGAGGGGCCUGAACCGACAUUCGAAUACCUUGACAAGCCGGGUGGAUUCAGAAGGUUCCACGUUCAGCAACAGCACUGGCUAGCACAGCAGCAACAGCAGCAAGAGCAACAAGAGCAUAAUCCAGCAUUUCAUGAAUUAUUUCGUCCUGACUCUGUCUGUUCGAACCGUCAAGAAUACACUGUAGGUCUCCUUCAGCCAGCCGAACAGCGUCCCACUCGGCACUUUCUAGAGUACCUGGCACUCACUUCAGUCAUAAAUCAAUUCGCAGGCGAAGAUCUAUCCGAUUCUGAAUCAGAGGAAGGCGAAAUAUCAGAAACAACACGACUGCUACUGCUACACCGACCAAAGAAAAAGAAAAAGACGGUAGAAGCCAAGGCGGAUGUACGAAAGACAAUUUUUUUGCUCUUUAAAGCAUUCAUUGGCAGUGGUAUCUUAUUUCUUCCCAAAGCCUUUUGUAAUGGAGGUCUAGUCUUCUCUAUUGUCUUGAUGUGGUUAAUGGGUGGUAUAUCGUUCUAUUGCUUUCUACUGCUGUUAGAAUGUAAAGCGCAAUUCCCAGGCAGUUACGGUGAUAUCGGAGGACGACUCUAUGGGCCUUGGAUGAGAAGCAUCGUGUUAGUUUCUAUUGCUGUGUCACAGAUGGGAUUCAUGUGUGGUGGAACUAUAUUUAUAGUGCAGAAUGUGAUUGAAGCCGUACGAGUCAUCAGUCAUGAUACAGUUCAUCUUUCUCCUCGUCUUGUCUUUAUCCUACUCAUGAUAUUGCUCACACCGCUUGUCUUGAUUCGAAACAUUGCGAAACUUUCGCCUACAGCGCUUAUAUCAGACGCUCUUAUCAUCGCGGGUCUUGUCGUCCUGCUUUGUUAUGAUGUAGCUGAGAUUGUGACAUCUCCAGCCCAUACAGGCCCUGACAUUCACUGGUUAUUUAAUCCUGUUAGCUAUACCACCUUUAUUGGCACAGCUGUCUACUCAUACGAAGGAAUUGGUUUGAUCAUACCCAUUCGCGACUCUAUGGAGAAACCAGAAAAGUUUCCUUUUGUACUUGCCUUUGUCAUGUUUUUGGUUGCAUGUACACUAUGUGCCGUAGGCGCAUUAGGAUAUAUUGCGUUCGGUCAACAAGUGGAAACGGUAGCCUUACUGAAUCUACCUCCGGGCAUUUUGUCCAGCUCGGUUCAACUGGGAUAUGCAAUGGCUGUCUUGCUUUCAAACGCACUCACCUUGUUUCCAACCAUACGUAUCAUUGAACACGCUUUGUUUGGGGAUUUGACAGGUAAACACAACCUAUUUAUCAAGUGGGAAAAAAACACGCUCCGUGUUACUGUGGUAAUUGUUGGCACUCUGAUUGCUUGGGUGGGUGCUAGUGAUUUGGACAAGUUUGUUAGUUUAAUUGGAUCUGUCUGCUGCUGCCCACUAAGUUUGAUAUUUCCACCUCUCUUCCACUUGGGAUUACCGGGUACAACAGUAUGGAAACGAUGGAUUGAUAGAUUGCUCAUACUAUUUGGUACAUCUGUCAUGGUUUUUACAUUCUACAGUACUUCAAAACAAUGGGCGGCUCGAGGAUAA